UACUGCCAUCCAAGUGUUGACGAUUUUGUGGAUUGAACGUCUGCGUCUCACUGAAUGGAUAAUUACAAAUGCUGCCAUUACCAAUCCCCGCCAAUCUGUCGCAGCAAUUGACAUUGUUCAGCUGUGAGAGUGGAAUGACCAGUCUGUUCUGUGGUGCUCUUUCUUCUUCUCUCCCAAUCUGUCGAAAAUGGAGGGCCUGAUCAAGGGUUUGUUGGACGUUGCGCUUGGCGGAGACAACAGGGACAAUGAUUCACGAGAUGAACGGUCCCGAUCCACUUGGGCAGAGGUGGUAUCCGGUGAAGAUGAUAAGGAUCAGGAUCUGGAUCGCGAUCGGAGUCGUUGGAACAGACAGGAACAGAAUCAAGGCAAAAAUGACCAGUGGGGGAGUGAAUGUUCUAGACCUUCAAGGCGUCCCCAAAAGGCUGUGCAUGAAGAGAGUGAAGAGAUUGAAGGUGACAAGAAAGACAAUUAUGGUCAAAACCAAUGGCACGGAAAGGAUAAUGAAGAAGGGAGUAACGAUGGUUGGACCACUGUUGGCAAAAAGUCUCCGAGGAGACCCCAGAAAGUGCAGACGGAUCAAUGGAAUGGCUACAAACGGCCACCUAGUGAGCAAGAUUACUCCGAGGAUGUUGAACUUGGUGCUAGUUUAGUGCCAUCUGAAUUAGAACUCGCUGACCUGUCUAAUGCUUGCUACAAGCUUUGGGAACUUGAUUUAAACCGUUUAACACCUGGAAAGGACUAUGAGAUUGACAUUGGUGAAGGAAAGAAGGUUUACCAGAAAGAAGAUAUGGCACAAGGAAGCCUGUUUUCCUGGCUAAGCAAAGAUGUGUUCAGGAGGCCUACUUUUUCUCGUUUUUGUUCUCUGCUAGAUAAUUAUAAUCCAAAUGAAGGGGCCAAAGAAGUUGUCACAUCUGAAGAGAGACAAGAGCAAGAUGCUUUUAUAGAAGAAAUCAGUAGAACUGCGCCAAUUAAAUAUCUUCACAAGUACCUCGCACUCAAAGGCAUGGUGUCUGAAAACUAUCAGGAUUUUAAAAGAACGAUGACAAGUCUCUGGUUUGAUCUUUAUAGACGAGGCGGUACAUUUGGUUCCUCCUCUGCUUUUGAACAUGUUUUUGUUGGGGAAAUCAAGCGAGAAGGAGACGUUUCUGGCUUCCAUAAUUGGGUUCAGUUUUACCUAGAGGAAGUAAAAGGGAGGGUCGACUAUCAAGGAUUCAUUUUCCCAAGACGUCGAGGAGAGAUUCCGGACUCUGAGACCCAAUUGCUCACAAUUCAGUUUGAAUGGAAUGGUGUACUAAAAUCUGUUUCAAGCACUCUAGUUGGUGUGAGCCCGGAGUUUGAAAUUGCAUUAUACACUCUGUGUUUCUAUGUUGGUGGAGAGGACAACCAUAUUCAGCUGGGUCCAUGCCCAGUCAAUAUAAAGUGCUACCGAUUUGGAGAGAGAAUAGGUUCCGUAUUUCCGGUAGCAGAGUCUUGAGUUUAUGCUUUCCUUCAACCCCCAAGUAAUCCAGGUAAAAUGAAAUAUUGAGUGCUCUAACAUGUUUGAAAUCAUUUUGUUACGGAAGUCUACAUAUUAUCACUAUUUAUGAUACUGGAGACCAAUCAUAUUUAUAUUUAUUUUUGUUUUGAAUGAAAUGUUUGUAUUUAUUAAAAGUGUGCUCAUACACUGAUUGAUAUUCGUCUGUUAUUGAACGCAAUACACUCUCUUUUUUCCCUCUU